CGAGGGGGUUUGCAGCGCGUUUCGCGCCGUCGUGAACCACCCGCGAUCGAAAUUGUGGGGUGAUGUGUUUCACCCUCGUGGAAUUCUACUUUCUCGGUAGGAUAAGGAAAAGAGAGACAGAGAGGAAGCGAGAGCGUUGGUCAACGCGCAUUAAAUCGUCGAGUCUUGAUACUACAGCAAACAACCAGUCAACCUCGAUUCGCCUUCGCCAAUGAUAAGAUAAAGGUACGAAGAAGGCGAUGUAAGCGUCGUCGUGGAGAAAGUACACGAUAAAUGUGCGAGCAAAAUUAUACGGAAUAUAUAUAAAUGACUGCGUGUUAUGAAUCUCCAGAGGUGACCAUUGUCUUGAGCAAGGAAGAGAUUCAUAAGAGAUACCAAGAUACCGCGAUGAUUAUAUUCAAAGAAGAACAAGGCAGAAAGAAGGAAAUUGUCAGUUACCUUAGCUUCGGAAACAGUCGUAGGACAAUGGAAUAUAGUAACAACGGAAAUCAUCCCGUUAUCAUACGCAAACCUGCAGAGUCUGUGAUUACGCGGAAUGCUCACUUAUCAUCGCGGAUAUCAAUAGAAAAAAACAAACCGGAUGAGAGAUGCGCGAUAACUUAACGAAUAGAAAAUGUUAUAACUAUUUAUUCAAUAAAUUUAGUUUCCAUUAA